AUGUCCCUCUGCAACUUGCUGGUGGCGACGGCUGCUGAAUCCCUGGCCGCCAAUUUCCUUCACUUGCAUACGCCUCCAUCAAGUGCUAGCCCCUCACUUCCUCAAACCACCACUACAGCUUCCGCUAGGUUCUCUACCGUUCAACGUCCCAGCUGUGCCCUUGCCGUCGCCAACCUGCCGCUUCUCACCUCCGCCGCUUCUAGCAAGUGCGACGAGUCGUUGGCCAAGCGCCCCGACAACCCUCAGUUAGCCACCUUCACGGGCGGCAACAGCACCGCCUUCUGCCAGUCGUGGAAGUGCGCUCUCUGCUUCCAGUCCAGCUACUGCCAGCCAGGUCUCAUGCGGCCGAUAUUCAGGCGACUUCUCCGGCAAGAACAUCAACACCGAGACUUGCGCCUGUUGCAUGUUCGCUGGCGGCACGACCAGUCGUCUGAGGCCUAG